AUGAGGAAUCUGUGCAAAGAAAUCAAUAAACAAUUGAUUGCAGUUAAGAUGAAUUACUUUUUCCAAUUCUGUGUUAUCUCGGCUUUGUUCGUCUAUAUGAAUCCGAUACUGGCUACACACGGUUUGACGUCUUAUCAGUUGGGGAUAACUGCAUUAUUCGCUAAUGCUUGUUCAAGUAUUUCAAGAAUCGUCUUUGGUAUGAUUGUGGAUCAUACGCAACAUCGAAAUUAUGUUUUAAUGGCUUUGUCAUCAGCAACUAUGGGAUUGGUGUUAAUGAUUUUCACAUUACCAAAAUACAAAGAAUAUAUAUUCAACGGAGAUAUAAAUGAGAAUGGAGAAUUUUCAAUGUAUCUACGUCUUGUAUCAGAGAACAUUUCUCAGAGUGUUUAUGUAACACCACCUCCAACUGACCAAUCAGAUGUAUCUCCCUGUUGGCCAACCACAUUAAAAGAAUGUAAAUUCAAUCGAAAUUCUAAUCUAACAAAUGAUUACUACUAUUUGAAAACAUCAUCUCAGAAUAAAUUGUCAGCAGUUUAUAUAACAAAUCAACACUACCCAAGUGACCAUGUAUUACCAGCUGAUCAACGAGCAAUUCAAACAAAUCGAACAAUUCAGCUUAUUUGUCAAGAUAUUGAAACAUUGAAUCAGUCUGGUUGUGCACACAUUGUAUGCGAACAUACACGUGAAGCACAAUGGACAACUGUAGUGUUCGCUUUAAUUCUCCGAUGCCUUAUGAAUUCAAUGCAUGCACCGAUUUCAAAUCUACUGGAUUCAGCCACCUACUCAAUCCUUGGAACAAGUAAGCUCAAUAUUAUGGAAAGUCUAGAGCAUUCGGUUCAUUCGGUUUUAUGAUUGGUUCAUUGUUAACUGGUUUUGUUGUCCAUCAUUAUACCACGUCGAGCAAUCAUUAUCAUAUGAAUAAAAUGUCGCCUACAAAACUGCUGUACUCUACGACGGCGAGUAAUUCAGGAGAUAUUCGUCCAGUGAAUCCUAAUUAUACACCAGCACUUAUCAU